CGAAAUUUUUGUUAAUUUGUGUACGUUUUAUUUUCCACUUGCUAUUUGAUCAAUUUAACUGUGUUUUUUUUAUGUAUUUGGAAAGCUCUGAUUAGUCCAGAUUUAUUGAGGUCUGAAUGUCGUGCUUUUUUUGGUGCGAAAUAUGUUUUGUGAUUUAGGCUUUUGUUGAUUAUUAUUUGGUUUUUGAGAUCUGGACUUAGCUUACUUUUACUUUUUGUGCUGAGAUUUUUGGUCUGUUAGAUUAAGAGUUUUACUUUAUGUGCUCAGCGUACAAGUUUAUUUUGAUUUGUUGGAGUGAUGAAUUUUGAAUUUAGCAAGUUUUGGGAAUUUGGAGGUUUGAUGAACUAUACGGAUUAAUGGAAGAGGUGAAAUCUGACGAGUUUUGCCCCGAGAACAAGGACUCUGCAGCUGCCUCAAGCUCCUCUGUUUCGGAAAACAGUAGCAGCAUCGUGCUAAAGUCACCUGGGAUAAGUAGUCCCACUAGUACUUCUUCAGCUCAUAGAAGAACUACGGGCCCUAUUAGAAGAGCAAAAGGAGGCUGGACUCCUGAGGAGGAUGAUACAUUGAAAAAAGCUGUCGCGGCUUUCAGAGGGAAGUGUUGGAAGAAAAUAGCUGAGUUCUUCCCGGAUAGAUCAGAAGUGCAGUGCUUGCAUCGAUGGCAAAAGGUUCUGAAUCCGGAACUUGUUAAAGGUCCCUGGACUCAAGAGGAAGAUGAGAAAAUCACAGAACUGGUAGCUAAAUACGGACCGACAAAAUGGUCUGUGAUCGCGAAGUCACUGCCGGGUCGAAUUGGGAAACAGUGCCGUGAAAGGUGGCACAAUCAUUUGAAUCCGCAUAUUAAGAAGGAUGCUUGGACUUUGGAAGAGGAGCUUACUUUGCUUAAUGCUCAUCGGGUUCAUGGGAAUAAGUGGGCUGAGUUAGCUAAGCUUCUACCUGGAAGGACUGAUAAUGCCAUCAAGAAUCACUGGAAUAGCUCUCUGAAGAAGAAGUUAGAUUUCUAUCUGGCUACAGGGAACCUUCCUCCAGUUGCUAAAAAUGCUCCCAUAAAUGGUGCUAGGGACAUUAAUAGGACACCUUCAAUAGGAGAGCUACUUUUUGGUUCAAAUAAAGGAACAAAUUCAACUGUCUUAGAGUCAUCUGCAACUACUGAUUCAUGUAAAGCUGAAGAUGGGAAGGAUAAGCCAGAGACCAUGACCGAAGAUCAUGAUAUUGCUGCCAAUCAGCAGAGUGAGUCCACUGAUCCCGAGUGCAAUAAGUGUGAGGCGAUGCCAUCAGAGGCGGAGACUGUUUAUUCAAACAUAGAAUCCAAGUGCGAGAAACGCACAACAUGUGGUGAAGUUGAUCAAUACCGUGUAAUUGGAGGAUCAUCGCAUUAUGACAUUCCAAUAUAUGGGACACUGUAUUAUGAGCCACCAGUAUUAGACAAUUAUGGUCAGCUGGAUUCACAUCUUGCUAAUAUUUCCUUGGUGCAGUCCGAAUCUGACAUCAGUCCUGCAACAUCACCGACACCUUUCUUUACUCCGCCAAGUGUAAAAGGUGGAUGUUUAUCUGCACAAACUCCUGAAUCUAUACUAAAAAAUGCUGCGAAAAGCUUUCCAAAUACUCCAUCCAUAUUAAGAAAGAGAAAGUCUGAAGCGCUGUCUAAGGAAGCAGUUAAAUCCAAUGGUCAUAAUCACACGAAUAGUUUUGAGGAUGCCAGGUUGCAGAACAAUAGUUUAUGUGCAGACCCUUGGGACAAUGAUGACGGGAUAAGCAGCAACAAGUCAGUUAAUUCAUCUCCUCCAUAUCGGUUACGAUUUAAGAGGACUUCAGUUCUUAGAUCUGUUGAGAAGCAGCUUGAUUUUUCUAUUAAUGUCGAGCAAGAGUCAGGGGACAGUAAUGCAAAAUCUGGAGAUUCAGAGCUCAAGGAAAUCCCUCCUGUGACAAAGUUUGUCUACACACGCCACAGACGGGGGUAAUUUAACAGGAGUUGCUUUGUAAAGUUGUUAGAAUCUUGUUGAGGUGUCUGCUGAUUGGAAACACAAAAUGUGAGUACGCACUGGAUAUUCUUGCGGACGACAACCUCUUCUUGUCAGGUAUUUCCUGGCUGUCAACGUUUCAUGUAGAAGUUGCCGACAAGGGAUGUAUUGCUGGAAGCCCGUAAUUAUUAGAAUUAUUUUUUUCUCAGUUUUUGUUUUACCCAAAGUAUCCCCUUUCGUCUUUAGGUAAUUGAUUUGUACAGGAACUCUCCAAAAAAGGAAAUUCAUAGUGAAGUCUAGUACCAUUUAUAUAGAAUAAAACGUUUUCAUUUCCGUA